CGCUCGCUCGACAGUGGCUGACUGGCUGCUCGCUCGCUGUGUUUUCCCACUCGCGAGUUGACGGGCUCCGCCACCAGACGUCAACGCGUGCGCCUGUUGUGUGGAGCUAGCGGAAGAUCACUCAGCGACGGACCGACUCGAGUGAGGAGCGGCCUCUUUUCGUCCUCCCUUCGCCUGGACCCGCACCAUGUGUGUGGAAGACGGAUACCAGAAUUUGAGCCCACCGGAACCGUCUGACGGACACUACGGUGUACGGAAAAGGAGGGAAUAGUCGUCGUCGGUGGCGACGGCGACGAACCAGCUGCGAGGCGCCAGCGUUUUCGUCGGAACCACCGAGUGCGGGCCACCGAGAGGAGGAAAAUGUCGGGCAAAAUCGAGAGUAAGCAAGACUCGCAGCGGUCCCACCUGUCCUCAUUUACCAUGAAGCUGAUGGACAAGUUCCAUUCUCCCAAGAUCAAGAGGACGCCAUCCAAGAAAGGCAAGCAGCUGCAGCCCGAGCCCGCCGCCAAGAGCGCCGAAAAGCCCGUCAACAAGAAGGUGAGUCGACUGGAGGAGCAGGAGAAAGAGGUGGUCAGCGCCCUCCGCUACUUCAAGACCAUCGUGGACAAGAUGGUGGUGGAGAAGAAGAAGGUGCUGGAGAUGCUCCCUGGCUCGGCCAGCAAGGUGCUGGAGGCCAUCUUACCUCUGGUUCAGGGGGAGGCCCGCAUACAGCACAGUUCGGCGUUGUCGUCGUGCCACAACCGCGUGUACCAGAGCCUGGCCAACCUCAUCCGCUGGGCCGACCAGGUGAUGCUGGAAGGCAUCGACCUGGACGACAAGGAGAACGUGACGUCGGUCACCAACGUCAUCAAAGCGGUACUGGACGGCGUGAAGGAGCUGGUGAGGCUGACCAUCGAGAAACAAGAGCAGCCCUCGCCCACCAACCCCAACAAACCCACACUGCCCGUCACCGCGGCCGAGAGCGGCGUCCCUUCGGAGUCGAUAGAGUCGGAGACGGCGGCAAAAGCGGCCCCGACGGCGAGUCCCGCCGAGGCCCCCUCGGACGCGGCCGACGAGGACGUGGCCCCUCCCAAACCUCCGCUUCCCGAAGCCAAGAUGGCGGAGCUCAGAGCACAGUUGAGUUGUGAUGCUGGCCAAAGGAAGCCCGCUCCCAAGGAGAACCCUCCGCCGGCCCUCCCGCCCAAGAAGCGGCAGUCGGCGCCGUCGCCGACGCGCGUGGCCCUGGUCGCCCCCAUGAGCCGGGGAUCCAGCUUGCCCUGCAGCGUCCACAGACAGCACGACCACGAGCAGGAGUUCCUGCAGCGGCGCUUCUCGGGGGGCAGCCAGUCGUACGGGGGCGACUCGCCUCGCCUGUCUCCCUGCAGCAGCAUGGGCAAGCUCAGCAAGUCGGACGAGCAGCUCUCCUCGGUGGAGCAGGACAGCGGCCAGUGCUCCCGCAACACCAGCUGCGAGACGCUCGACAACACGGACAACUACGACCACGACUACGACUUCCUCCACCAGGACCUGUCGGUCGGGGACGGCCUGCCGCCCAUGCCGGUGGGCGGCUGCCUCAGCCCGCUGCCCGAGUCGCACAGCGAGUCGUCCUCGCCCGUCCCCGGGCAGCAUCCGGCGCACCCCCGCUUCAGCGCGCCUCCCCCCCAGCAUCCGCCCGAGUACUGGACGCCGCAGCCCGGCCGCGGCAACCCGCUGGCGCGCAUUAGCGCGCCGCCCGCUCUGCCCCAGAAGAAGCGGCGCAGCACGCAGACGCCGCCCUUCCCCGACGGCGGCUGCAAGGUGUACGAGCGCUACCCCUCCCAGUACGACAACCUGUCCGAGGAGGAGCCGCCGCCCUUCCCGCUUUUCACGCCCAUCUCGCCCAUGCCGCAGACCAACGGCGGCGUCUUUGUGGCCCAGUACAUUUGCGGCGACAACGCCGACAUGGGCGCUAGCCCGCCGCCGCUGCCGGAAAAGAAAAGCAAACACAUCCUGCAGUACAUGCAGUUCGUGGAGGACUACUCUGAGCCGCAGCCGUCGGUCUUCUACCAGAUGCCGCAGAGCGAGAGCAUCUACGAGCAGCGCAACAAGCGCUUCCAGGAGGUCUACGGCUUCAACGACUCUUUCAGCAGCACCGACUCGGUCCACGAGCCGCUCCUGCCGCCCGCCCUGCCGCCCAAGCAACGACAACUGGCCUCGCACUCCUCCUCCCCCUCUUCCUCCUCCUCUUCCUCGCUCUCCUGCCACCUCCAGCCGUCCGCGGCGGCCUCGGAGGAGGCGGGCUCUGCGCUGGGCCUCAGCAUGUCCGUCUCUAACUGCCACCUGAUUGGCCAAGCUGCCGUGACCACGCCCACGAGCGUGGACCAGGCCGCCUUGACCAGCGCCAUCGUUCCCGACGGCGGGGGGGGGGGACCCGCGGGCUCCCCGUCCGCCUCGGCGGCGGCCCGGCCUCCCUCCGAGUCGUUCCUCGGUGACUCGCUCCAGGCGAGCGAGAGCGCAAAUGACGAGGGUGGGGAGGGCGAGUACGUCAACUUGUACUCGUCCAGCCGGGCCAAUGGCGAGCUGCCUCGCUCCCUCAGAGAAACGGUCACGGCCGACGGCGUGCUCCAAGACCCCGCCCCUCCGACGCCUUCCGCCAAUAGCAAAGAGGCCGUGAAACUGGAAAGAAGGCAGGAGUCAGCAGAGGAGAGCGAGGAGAACGUGGACGAGCUGUCGCUCAUCGAUCACAAGGAGAUCAUGAGCAGGAUAACACUAAAACAGGAAAAAGACGACGGGCCGGAUGUGCGCGCUGGAUCGGGAGACAUUUUAUUAGUCCACGCCACAGAGACGGACCGCAAAGAUCUGGUUUUGUACUGUGAAGCCUUUUUGACUACAUAUAGGACGUUUAUAAGCCCCGAGGACCUCAUUAAGAAGCUCCACUACAGAUAUACAAGUUUUUGCCACAGUCCAGACACGUUCAAGAAGCGAGUCAGCAAGAACACCUUCUUUGUGUUGGUGCGCGUGGUGGACGAGCUCUGCCUGGUGGAGCUGACAGAGGACAUCCUCAAGCAGCUGAUGGACCUGGUCUUCACGCUGGUCUGCAAUGGAGAGCUCAGCCUGGCCCGCGUCCUGCGCAAGAACAUCCUGGACAAGGUGGAGCAGAAGAAGCUGCUGCGCUACACCAACUCGCUCAAGCCGCUGGCCGCCCGCGGCGUCUCGGCCAGGCCCGGAACGCUGCACGAUUUCCGCAGUCACGAGAUCGCGGACCAGCUCACGCUUCUCGACGCCGAGCUCUUCUACAAAAUUGAGAUUCCCGAGGUGUUGCUUUGGGCCAAAGAGCAAAACGAAGAGAAGAGUCCCAACUUGACGCAGUUCACAGAGCACUUUAACAACAUGAGCUACUGGGUGCGCUCAUUAAUCAUUCAGCAAGAAAAAGCCCAGGAUCGAGAGAAGCUGCUGCUCAAGUUCAUCAAAAUCAUGAAGCACUUAAGAAAGUUGAACAACUUCAACUCGUACCUGGCCAUCCUCUCCGCCCUGGACUCCGCCCCCAUCCGAAGAUUGGAGUGGCAGAAGCAGACGUCGGAGGGAUUGGAGGAAUAUUGCACGUUGAUUGACAGCUCGUCGUCCUUCCGGGCGUACCGGGCCGCUCUGGCUGAAGUGGAGCCUCCCUGCAUCCCGUACUUGGGUCUGAUCUUGCAGGACCUGACCUUCGUCCACCUGGGCAACCCAGACCUCAUCGACGGCAAAGUCAACUUCUCCAAGCGAUGGCAGCAAUUCAACAUCUUGGACAGCAUGCGCCGCUUCCAGCAAGUGCACUACGAGCUGAAACGCAACGACGACAUCGUCUCCUUCUUCAACGACUUCAGCGACCACCUGGCCGAGGAGGCGCUGUGGGAGCUGUCGUUGAAGAUCAAGCCGCGGAACAUCGCCCGGCGCAAGACGGAGCGGGACGAGAAGACUUAAGCGCGGCCGCGGCCUCCCCCCCCAGCACCGCAAAAAAACAAAAGACUUGACCUCCAACUGUGCUUCAAUGACACUAACCCCACUUUAAUAGACCCGCCAAAUGGACGCUUUGAAUUUUGGCGGGAGCUAACGGGAGAUUCGUUGCAGGAGAGCGAUUAUCGGAAGCGCGAGUGAGGUUUACAAGGAGCCGUACCAGGCUCGGAGACUUCUUACUAACUGGGAGCGAGCGAGCGAGCGGACACACCACGGCGGGAAAACCAAAGUCCGCCCUCUUGUCAAGUGGAGACGGCCGGCCGGCCGAGUGUGUGACAGACAGCGAGGUGAGAAGAAGGUCCAUUGCGCUUUCAACUUUUUCAACAUUUUUGUAUUCUUCUAUGUCGUCGCUGUCGGGCAAAAUCCUGGCCUCUGGAAAAUCACCAGUUACUUCAAGGGGAACUCGAGGCAUCAGUCUCAGGGUGCUGUCAUUUUGUGCGACAGUGUCCCCUGCUGGCCACCGACAUUGAUGUCCACGCGCCCCUCGCAUCGCCACGGCUCACCGGUUUUCGAGGUUCGCCCGUGUGACGUCGGCGAUGCGAGCCCGAGGGCACUUGGAUGUUGAUUUGGGUUGACGGAUGGCGGAGGGCCGCGUCGGACAAAAUGCCAGAUGGAUGUUGUGAUCUGCCUAAUUGUGAUUCAUUCCCUCAAUGCAAUGCAAUGACGUUUUUUACCUUGAGUUCCACUUGAACGCCCGCCCUAUUGUUCAAGUACUACCGCUAUCAUACAUCAACACACCACAGCACCACCAAAAUCGUGUACGAACAAUUGUUCACAUGCUAAAAUCAAAAAAGAUCUAUAUUACGCUCCGUCCGUGACAAAGUCUGCAAUCGCUGCCGACUUCCCAAAAGCAAUUACAUUAUCAUGCCAAACUUUGAUGAAAUGAAAUAUGACUGAGUCAUUGCAGUAUUUUCUUCUUUUAUAUACAGAACCGGCUUACUCAAAUGUAUAGAACCUAUUUUGCGUCGUUAUUGUCUUAAAAAAAAUAAAAUAAAAAAUCCAGAUUUCGGAUCUUGAGGCAACAUAAUGCUGCCCGGCUCCUGCAGAACAAAGAAGCGUUCACAUAUACAAAUUUGCUCUCUAAUUCUAUUGGGCAACGUGUCAAAUAAAAGUUGCGGAGAAAGACCAAUCGUGUCAUUAUGUGAAAAACUGAAAUUGACCAUAUUUGGUCAUGGCGGGCCUUCCGCCCAACAGCGACGAUAUACACGCACUACUCGCAAAAAUGUGAGAAGAUUUCAUCCAAAGCCGAGAGUCCCUUCCUUUUUGGAAGUAGUGUGUGUAGAUAUUGAUGUAGGUGUGUUUAUCACGUGUCGUCGAGUUGGUCGCCUCAAGUCGAGCAGGUCGCCUCGAGUCGAGCAUGCCGCUCCCCUCAAAGCAGCAGCGCCCCCUGCUGCCGAGGGGAAGGUUUGCUCGUUAGCUUGUGGAAGAAUCACGCGUGGUCAUGAAAUGUAUUUUAUACACACGCCGCUCCUUUUGUUCUUGAAAAGGACGUUUGCGCGUACCGGGAGAACUCGGACGGAGAAAGAAUGGAGGAGGAGGAGAAAGAGAAAUGACUCAAGAUGCUGUGAUCUGUUACGUCAUGGUGUGCUGUGGUCAUAUGUAAAAAAAACAUAAAAACAAUCAC